GGCCGGUCUGGAGGUGGAGCCUCCGUGAGGACCUGCGGACCCACAGCGCAGCCUAUGGGCCUAUGGCGGAGUGACGUCUGUGGGCCGUGGCCUUCCGCGGGCCGCCAUUGUCGUGCCUGAUAAGCUUUUCUACGUGACUCACUUGCUUCACGUAGCCGGCGGAGCGAGACAACUGGGUAACUCCCUGAUCCGGUCUGCAUCUCCCUACACCCAGGCAACAUCCUUGGCCCGCCCAUUCCCUGCCACCAGCCUCGGGAGGAUCGGCCUGAACCCUGGGCCUAGCACGGGAGGGAUCCAGGUCGAGAAGAACCAUUGCUACGUUCCAGUCCUGGAGUCUUCUGUUAGCCAGACUGUGAGGCGCAACGGAUUCCUAAGGCUCUCCUGGCCAGGCAGGACUUCUCCCAGCACUCACGAGGAACCGAGCCUGGACUGGUGUUUGGAGGAACAAGUCAUAGCACCGAUCGCUCCCAGCACAGACUUGCCCCUGCCCCCACCCCCAAACCUACUCUCUCCUGUUUCAUUACUCCCAGAACCCACAGUUCCCAAACAGUGCACCUGCCGGAGGUCCCAACCCAGCUGGAGAAGUGGACAUGAGGUUGGCAGGCCCCCUGCGCAUCGUGGCCCUAAUCAUCAUUAUGGGUCUCACCUGGAUCCUAGUCACCAUCCUCCUAGGUGGUCCUGGUGUUGGCCUUCCUCGAAUUCAGCAGUUCUUCACCAGCCCAGAGAACUCAGUGACUGCAGAACCAAGGGCCAGGAAGUACAAAUGCGGCCUGCCCCAGCCUUGUCCUGAAGAGCACCUGACCUUUCGAAUAGUCAGCGGGGCUGCCAAUGUCAUCGGGCCCAAGAUCUGCCUCGAGGACAAGAUGCUCAUGAGCAGUGUCAAGGACAAUGUGGGCCGUGGCCUGAACAUCGCCUUGGUGAAUGGGGUCAGUGGUGAACUCCUAGAAGCCAGAGCCUUUGACAUGUGGGCUGGAGAUGUCAAUGAUCUCUUGAAGUUCAUCCGGCCACUGCAUGAAGGUACCUUGGUGUUUGUGGCAUCCUAUGAUGAUCCAGCUACAAAGAUGAAUGAAGAGACCAGGAAGCUUUUUUCUGAGCUGGGCAGCAGGAAUGCCAAGGAUCUAGCCUUCCGUGACAGCUGGGUGUUUGUGGGAGCCAAAGGUGUGCAGAACAAGAGCCCCUUUGAGCAGCAUAUGAAGAACAGUAAGCACACCAACAAGUAUGAGGGCUGGCCAGAGGCCCUGGAGAUGGAAGGCUGUAUCCCUCGAAGGAGCAUAGCGGGCUAGCACAGCAGAGCUCUGGGACCAGACUGAAGGAGGCAGCAUGGCACCAGUGUCAGGUGGAGACUGCCCCAUGCCCAGGCAUGAGGCUCCCCCUCCCUAACACAUUAGGGCUUGAAAGUGGCCUCAAGGUGAUGGGGGCUGCAGGGCUGGCCCAUUUCAUUUUGUCAGGGAGCUUAGGUACCUGUGUGCUUGUUUUCCUAAAGCUUGUUUUCCACAGUCAGUUCCCACCCAGCCCCUUCCUCUGCCCCUCCUGUGUCAUUUUCUACUUCUUGAGUGCCCCCCAGAGGCAAGGGUCUUCAAUGCUUGCCCCUCUCACUGGAGCAGCUAUUGGGUAGGUUGGGACAUCUUCAAGAAAUUCUCCCUCCCAGAGGCACUGCACUGCUAUCCAACCCUGUUUUCAGUGUGAUCCUUUAAGCCAAAUCAGAGCUUAAUUGGAUGACUUCUGCAAGCCUGAAUGGAGCAAUCUGGCCUUUAGUGCCAGAGUAACUGGAGUCCAAUCAGAGUUCCUCACAAGGUGUAUGGCAGUAUGCAGUCUGUCAGAGGGCUCACCUUCUAAAUGACCUGUUUGUUAAUAAACUAAUCUCUUGCAGUGGAAUAAAGUGUAUUCAGAUGUC